AUGAAGUAUAUUUGUUUGAUAUUAUCAUUAUUGUUAGUGUUGAUUGUUAAAGUGAGUUCAAAACAAUUAAAUCGCUAUGUGAUUACGAACAACUCAUAUUACGAGCCGUACGAGAAGUUAUUUAACAAAAAACCAAGUGUAAACUUUAACGAUACGUAUUACAAUCGUUACUUGCAAAAUUCAAAUAACAAAAUUUAUAAUGUAACAAAGAUUCGAGUAUGUUUUAAAAAUCAUUUUAAAAGUCAAGAUCCACGCUUAGAUCGAUACGCUAAUCAAUUUAAAGAUGGUCGAACAAUUGCUGAGUAUAUUUUGUCGAAAUUAAGCAAAUAUACUGCGUUAAAAUUUUGGCUAACCUCGAAAAAAUGUCAAAUGACAAUUGAUUUAGAUGAUCCAGAAUUACGUUUGGCUGGUUUAUGUUGGUUUUAUGCGAGAGAAGGACAACCUCGAGCAAAUAUUUCAGUGAGUGCGAAAGAAAUUAAAAAUAUGGCAAAAACAUUUAACAUUUCACCGUUACGUGCAUACAUGCAAAUUUUAAUGCAUGAAAUUUUACAUGGAUUAGGAAUUGAUCAUAGUAUUGAUGAUACGAAUUCGAAAUCAAUUAUUCGAAGUGUGUACGAUUAUACGGCGAAACAAUUAAUCUACAAGAAAGAUGUUUAUAUCUUACGAUCGAUAUAUGGUGUUCAACGGGCAUUGUCUGUGGACAGUAAGAAAAUAUCAGAGUAUACGGAUCCUGGUGUUUGGGAAACUAAUCUCAUGGAUGCAGUAGUGAGUUUUGAGAAGAAAGAAAAGUCUAGAACUGGAUCAAAGAGAAAAUCGAAGAAAAAACGAGCUCAUAAUCUGUAAGAAAAAUUUGUUGAGUUGAAAAAACUAAAAAUUGUGUCUAGAUCAACUUUGGCCAAGUUGCUAAAGCUUUUGGCAUGAAUCGAAUAGACCCGGGUUUGAUUCCUGGAACGUGUGUUUUUUUUUCAAAUCUCUUUAAUUAAGAUUGACUCAACAUGGUAUUUGUAUUUAUAGUUUACGCCAUUGUAUCGAAAAAAUAUCAAUUAUUAUCGAAAGAUUUUGACGUUUUAAAUUUGUAUGAAAAAUUUUGUAAACAAACUAAUUUUUUUAUACCAAAAAACAUUUUUCUACCUCAAUUAAACAGGAGAAUCCGAACUCUAACUGUGAAAUCAAAUUUGUUUACAAUAAACAAUAUAAUAUUCUUUUAA